AUGGUUUCCGUCUCGACCUGGUUCCGAUACAUAGCCCACAAGCUCGAAUACUCCGUCUCUCUCAGCUGGAAGAGCUAUAAACGAGGUCAAAUCACUGACAGAGAAGUAGGUGAUACUGUUUGGAAAAACUUUUUCCAGGGGAAGUUGACAUACUUGCAUUGGAACAAAGGAGAGGAGAUGGCCCCGACAAUAACAGGGCAGGGGGGAACUCUUCUUGUCCGAAAAUUACCUGCAGCAGAUCCAACGCGUGUUUUCGUUGGUGAUGUUGUGGUCUUGAAGAACCCUGAAAACUCAGAUAGCCAUCUGGUCCGGAGAUUAGCUGCCAUUGAAGGGUAUGAAAUGGUGUCCGCUGAUGAAAAAGAUGAACCUUUUGUUCUUGAGAAGGAUCAGUGCUGGGUGUUGGCUGACAAUGAGAAUUUAAAGCCCAAGGAAGCCAAUGACAGCCGAACAUUUGGCCCUGUUUCCAUGGCAGAUAUAGUUGGCAGAGCGAUAUAUUGCCUUAGGACAGCCGUGGAUCAUGGUCCUGUGCAGAACAGUCAUUUCAGUAUGCGCAAGGAUUCCCCCGUGUUGGAAAUUGAACUAGACGUUGAUGAGAUGGCGAAGAGGCACAAAGCAUAG